UCUCUAAACCCUUUCUUGGUCUACUGCAUUUGUCUCUCUCUCUCUCUCCCUCUCUCUCUCUACUGUAAGUUGUUGCUUCACAUCAUUCCAAAGAGAUGGAUCACCAAGAUCAGAGGCAUGAGGGCCAUGGAGUUUAUGUUUGUCGCAAAUGUGGUUGGCCCUUCCCAAAUCCGCACCCCAGCGCCAGACACAGACGAGCGCACAGGAGGAUUUGUGGGACUAUUGAAGGCUACACUCUGGUUGACUCAGAGGGGAAUGUUUCUGAUGAUGACCACCUCUCUGAUGAAGAUAACAAACCCCCUAGUCCUAAAAUGUUGGAGACAAGCAACAAUGGGAAGGGACUAGGUGGAAUUGGGGGAAGAUCAAGUAGAUCAGAAGAUGACCUAUUUUCGGAUGCUGCUACAGAAUUUCCGGAUAGUGGAAUUAAUUCAGGAAAUGAAGAACGAUUUGAGGAUGUUCGAGAACCAGCAACUAAUGUGGAAAAGGGUGCCAAGGACGUUCCAAAUGUCGGCCAAUCAUUUAAGGAUGGUGGCUUGGCUGAGAUGUAUGCUCAGUGA